AUGGCCAGACAAAGCCAGCCGGACCUGACACGCUCGCGAGCGACACAGCUCCUUCUGUCGUCAGAGCAGGAGCAGACACUCCACCCCCCACUUUGCCGUUUGCCAAAUCACCUGCUCGGCCUGCUGCCCGCACCUUCCGCAGCUUGCAUGAAUGCUGAGGCGACGUACUGCUACCGUAUCACGACUCCUCUACACAAAUACUCGCGCUGGAACAGCACCGCCUUUCUGGCACGUAUACGAUUAGCUGGUGACCUGCUUCUCUGCGAGCAGCAGCCGGCACUCGUGUGA